GACGCCAUCGUGUACGGCAGUCGGUGCCGUCCGUCUCCGUUUACGUAGUGUUUUGUAGCGAGUGUGUGAAUAACAUUUUGUGUUUGCGUACCUGUUUUGUUUUGCGUUCCAGUUUUAUUACUAUCUUACUAAAUAUAUAUGACGUGUGUGAACGCCACCGUGUGAAGCCAACGUGAUAUAAAUGUGGCACAGCAACCUGAAUUACCUUUACAUCGGCAGCUCCGCCUAUUAAAUCGCUAUCAUGGUGGUGGUGCUGAACGGCGUGCUCGCAGACGAGUGUCCGACGUCGGUGCGCGCGCUGCUGGCAACCCACCCCGGGUACAGGGAUGCGGCUGCGCAGCUUCUCGCCGCCGCUGCCAGGGUGGUCGGCCCGGCGGGGCUGUUGUACGUUGCGCAGAGAGAACUCGCCGCUGUUGUGCCACAUGACAAAAACGUCAACAUUAUUGGAUCAGACGAUGCCACAUCAUGUAUUAUAGUUGUCGUCAGGCAUUCAGGAUCAGGCGCAGUAGCCUUAGCUCAUUUCGACGGGUCCGGCACAGCGGAGGCGGCGAGCGCGAUGGUGGCAAGGGUCCAGCAGCUCGCAGUAGGGUACCCAGAGGGCCGACUCGAACUGCAACUAGUCGGUGGGUUCACUGACCCGCAUCGGUACUCAGAUGAACUAUUUGCUAAUAUUAUGCUCUCAUUUCACCGACUGACAGUAGAGAUCGACCUAACCCUCGCGUGCUGUUGUGAACUGAACACAGCACUAGGCGGCGGGUCUCCUGCGCCGUUAGUAACCGGAGUUGGCGUCGAUAUUCGAGCAGGGGACCUGUUCCCAGCGACCUUCCCAGACAAGGGGCCAGAACUGCCACUCAGGGAGGCCAGGAUGAUUACUGGUGGACCACAUUCAGCGCAGGUGUUAGACAUAUAUGACAAUGCAGUGGGCAUGUUACGAAUUGGUCCAUUCAAUUACGACCCGCUGAGGGGCGUGGACCUAUGGCUCGAACAGUCAGAUGACUUCAUACUGCAGCACCUCAGCACUACGCCUGCAGUGGAACCGCCGCACUUUGUGCACAAUAUCAGGGUAACGCUAAAAUUCAUCCAGCAACACCCGUUUCCGGCAGUCACCGUGUUCCCAGACAAUCGGCCACACUAUUACCGCCGCGACGAACAAACCGGUUGUUGGGUGCCUAUCCGUUUCUAAAACUACCAUUUUGGUAAUUAGUCUCUUUUGCCCGUAAAAAAACUACUAUAAGACUUGAGCCGACGUAUGGUGCAAAUGAAUUUAGUAGUAAUCAGCACUUCAUGUGCCGUUACUGUAGACUUAAAAACAUAUAUACAUAUAUAUAUUGGGCUUAAAAACUAAUUUUGUAUUAAUUACUUUGUUGUAAAUGUUAUUUAUAAACCACACUUUAUUUUUAAUCUAUUUCAUUUUUCUAAGUAAUUAUUAAUUAUUUUGUUUCAAAAAUUACAAAAAUCCUUAUAAUAUAUCCUCCAGCCCUUCUUCAUAACAACAUAAAGUUAAAUUAGUAUUUUGACACAUUCUUUUAAAUUAUUAUUUUUUGUUUAAAGGAAGGAAACGACAAAUUCAAUGUAGUUAAGAAAAAUCUAUUUUUAUGUUUAUUUACAUGAAUUGACAUAAUGUGUUUUUUUCAUUGACUUAAAUUAUUAAUAGAUUUAUAAUUGUAACUUACUUUGACUUUAAAAAUAAUUUGACUGCAAAUUUAAAAGACAAAGAUAUAUAUCAAA